GAUUCAUAAUUAUUGGUGUAAGAUUCUUUUAGUUUUAGUAAGAUCAUUAUUGACGUCGUAGUUAUCAUCAAUAAGUAAAGAUCAUUGACAAUUACAGGAAGAAAUGAAAAUCAUUCCUUUUUGGGUUCAGAUUCAAGGUAUUCCUCUUCUCUAUCUGACGAAUGCUAUGGCCCGUGCUGUUGGGAAUAAGUUAGGUAGGGUUUCUGCUGUAGAUUUUGAUGAGAAUGUGAGUCAAGUGGGAUUUGUGAGAGUUAGGCUAGAUUGGAACUUCGAUGAUCCACUUCGUUUCCAGAGGAACAUUCAGUUUAACAGGGAUGAGAACACUAUCAUUAAGUUCCGGUUUGAAAGGCUGAGGAACUUUUGCACCAAGUGUGGCUCCCUGAAACAUGAUGCAAAAGAAUGCUCUCUUGUGUUUGAAGAUGAAAACCCUGCAGAUUCUGAUGAAGAGAAUAAUGGGGAUUUUCAAAACAAUGCUAAUGAGGAUCAACAGAAUAAUCACGAUGGAGACAAUGCGAUGGCUGAAGAUGGAGAUGACUCACUUCCUAGUGUUGAUCCGGCUACUUUGAUUCCUGGCCUUCAGAGACAAGCGGCUUCUGCUUUCAACAUUACUUUCUCUCCAUCAGACUCCGUUUCUUCAAACAGUCUUAGUGUUUUUGAAGACACAGAGUUAACUGCUGAAAGACUCAGGUACCUUCAUGCCAAGCUUACCCGUGAGGCACUUCUGAAUGAAAGAAAGGAUGAUUUUCUUGACGCAGAUCCUACCAAGACAGAGUCUGAGUUUGUGUUUACCAAGAGAAAAAGAGUCAGCUUUGAAACCAGAUACAACCAGGCUGAAGCAGCGGAGGAAUCGGCAGCCCUGAGCCACUUCCGCAAAAAAGAAAAGAAGAAAGAAACAACUGCUUUGUUUGCACCAAUUCCAGGACUUGCCGGAGGCGCGGAGGGCCCGCCCCCACAGGGUCGAAGCGGUGGCUUGGCCUUGAUGUGGAAGGAUAAUGUACGUUUGUCCGAAAACUUUAAGGAUGAACGUCUUAUCGAUGUACAUAUAACUAAUAAUAACAUCAGCUUCUAUUUGUCUUGCGUGUAUGGCCAUCCUUCUCAAAGUGAGCGCCAUUACCUUUGGGAUCACCUUAAACAUAUUUCACUUACACGCAAUGACUCCUGGCUUUUGAUCGGCGACUUCAAUGAGAUUCUCUCUAAUUCAGAAAAAAUAGGUGGACCACCAAGGGAAGAAUGGACCUUUAGAGAGUUCAGAAACAUGGUUUCUUCUUGUGAUUUAGUUGAUAUAAGAUCGAAGGGUGACAGGUUCUCUUGGGUUGGUGAACGUCACACUCACACCGUGAAAUGCUGUUUAGAUAGAGCAUUUAUAAAUACAGAGGCUGCGGCUACUUUCCCAUUUGCAGAGCUCGAAUUCCUUGAGUUCGCUGGCUCUGACCAUAAACCCUUGCUUCUAUCUAUGGAGAACACAGCCACCACAAGAACGAAAUCAUUUUUCUUUGACAAAAGGCUCGUUGACAUUCCACACUUCAAAAGGUGUGUUAAAGAAGGCUGGGAAAAUGGCAAAACAACUCAUGGCUUUCAGAUUAUGGACCAAGUUAGGACUUGUCGUCAUCAUUUGUCACGUUUGAAACAUAGAUCAAAUCUGAAUGCGGAUUCUCGAAUCAAAGAACUACAAUCGCAGCUAAACGCAGCGAUGUCGAGUAUCUCAAGAUCUGAGAGACAAGCAAUUCCGCAAAUUCAAAGGGACCUUGCCCAAGCGUACAAUGAUGAGGAGAAAUAUUGGCAUCAAAAAAGUCGCAACAACUGGAUGAUAGGAGGCGACAGGAACACUGGAUUCUUCCACGCGUGUACAAAGACUAGACUUUGCGGAUUUCAGCCCCACAGUGACCCAAGCGAUGAAUUCUGAUCUGUGUCGUGAGUUUAGUGACGACGAAAUAUACAAUGCAGUUUGUU